CCGUCUUGUACCGCCUGCGAUGUGGCAGCCUUCCUUGAACUUUCUCGCUUUACAUUGUCAGCGCAACCACUUAGAUCAAGUAUCUUAUCUUUGGCUAAAUUUGAAUCAGAUGCUUGGGUUAUUGCUCUCAGUCUUUCGAGUUUACUUAUCCUCUAUCCCAAUGGCAACAUUCGGGCCGUUGAUGCUUACUUCUUCGGUGCCAGCGCUGCUACGCUGUCAGGAAUGAAUACCAUUGACCUCAAGGCUCUGAAAACAUAUCAACAGGUUUAUCUUUACGUCAUCCCUACACUGGGCAAUUUGAUGCUCAUCAAUAUUGCUGUCGUCGUUGUGCGAUUAUGGUGGUUUGAGAAACACCUAAAUGAAAUUGGUACAAUACAGCAUAUUGCCGCAUUUUAA